AUGCGGGAAACACCGGACUUCCUGUGUUCAUUGCCUUCUCCCGUAGGCCUUCAAUAUAGAGCAGGCUGUGAGCUGACUGGCAGUACCAAAUCCUACACGUUUAAGGUGGAUGAGGAGGAUGACUCCGAGCACGUUUUGGCUCUGUCUGUGGUCUGCCUCACAGAUGGUGCCAAGGACGAGUGCAACGUGGUGGAGGUUGUUGGGCGAAAUCACGAGAACCAGGAGAUCGCUGUACCUGUGGCGAAUCUGAGGUUGUCAUGCCAGCCCUUGCUAAGUCUGGACAACUUCCAGCUGCAGCCUCCAGUGACCUUCCGCCUGGUGGCAGGCUCUGGCCCCGUGCACCUCGCUGGCUGGCACCAGAUCACGCACAGGGAGGAUGCCUCCUUUGAGGAGGACGACGACAUGUCUGAGGAGGAGAUUACUCCUGUCAUGCCAGCCAAGAAGCAGAGAGGGAAGCAAUAACUGGCCUCCUAGCAAGGUACUUGCUGGAACUCUCCCUGGGAUGACUUUUACCUCGGACACCUCUUGCCAGGACCUCAACUUUUGCUGCUUUUUGCUGUAACUUUUUUUGGGGGUGAGGGGCAGGAGCUGCUGCCAGUACUGGGGAGGCCCCUCUCCCAUGGCCCUAGGAGGCUGAUCCCAAAACUGAGUUGGUGCUGGUGGUAUCUCCCCUCUCCCUCCUCUCUGUUCUGGGAGUCAGGCCUGGCUGAGGGAGUCCUUGCCCUGUGCCUUUCUGCUGUUCUGGACCUCUGCUCUGUGCACCCUUGUCCUUCUGGCUCUGAAAUGCCCAGUCCUGGCACUUUCUCCCAGGGCUGGAUGUACAGCCGGGGUGGAGGACAGUUUCACUGAGAUCUUCAGAUGUUUGCUUUUCUUUUCAUACAGCUUGAUGGUUUUUAUACAGUCAGAAGUGUUAUGUGAAACCAGGGCCCAGGCUGCAUCCUCACAUGCAGGAUGGUGGGGUGGGAGCUCAUGGUCUAUUCGUGAUUUGGGGAGAGGCGCUAGAUCA